AUGGACGUCGUUGCAGGCUUGCCUGCCCCCGUGGACAUCGUUGCAGGCUUGCCUGCCCCCGUGGACGUCGUUGCAGGCUCACCUGCCCGCGUGGAUGACGUUGCAGGCUUGCCUUCCCCCGUGGAUGUCGUUGCACGCACGCCUGCCCCCGUGGACGUCGGUGCAGGCUUGCCUGCCCCCAUGGACGUCGUUGCUGGCUCGCCUGCCCCCGUGGACGUCGUUGCAGGCUCGCCUGCCUGCAUGGACGUCGUUGCAGGCUCGCCUGCCCGCAUGGACGUCGUUGCAGGCUCGCCUGCUUCCGUGGACGUCGGUGCAGGCUCGCCUGCCCCCGUGGACGUCGUUGCAUGCUCGCCUGCCCGCGUGGACGUCGUUGCAGGCUCACCUGCUUCCGUGGACGUCGUUGCACGAUCGCCUGCACGCGUAGAUGUCGUGGACACUUUGUUGCAGGCUCACCUGCUUCCGUGGACAUCGUUGCACGCUCGCCUGCCCGCGUGGACGUCAGUGCAGGCUAGUCCUGCCCCCGUGGACGUCGGUGCAGGCUUGCCUGCCCCUGUGGACGUCGUUGCAGGCUCGCCUGCCCCCGUGGACGUCAUUGCAGGCUCGCCUGUCCGCAUGGACGUCGUUGCAUGCUCGCCUGCCCGCGUGGACGUCGUUGCAGGCUCGCCUGCUUCCGUGGACGCUCGCCUGCCCCCGUGGAUGUCGUUGCACGCUCACCUGCCCGUGUGGACGUCGGUGCAGGCUAGUCCUGCCCGCAUGGACGUCGUUGCAGGCUCGCCUGCUUCCGUGGACGUCGUUGCAGGCUCGCCUGCCCGCGUAGACGUCGUUGCAGGCUCACCUGCUUCCGUGGACGUCGUUGCACGCUCGUCUGCCUGCGUGGAUGUCGGUGCAGGCUAG